UGUGUGAAAAAGUGUUGGUUUCCAAUAAAGGGUGUGGAAGUUAGAGGAGGAGAAGAGAGAAGAGGAAUGGAAAGAAACAGUGACAAAAAUAUCUGAAUAACCUUUUGGUUCCAUUGUAUACACAAGAUAAUUUUCCUUUUUUUGUAAAAACCCUGGUUUUCAAACUUUAGAUAUAUAAAAUCCACCUGCAGCAUGGGUCCCCAUUCCCAUAUCUUGUCAUAAGUAACACUAUAACUGUACCAAAGGUUUUCCUUUCUACCAAGUCACCAUGUCAUACUCCUGCUGUUUGGCUAGAAACAAGUCUUUUUAUUGUAUUUUCACACCAUGUUUUCUAUGAGAUUUACUAGUAACAUGAAACUCAGUAACCAAACAACUGUUUUACAAUUCCAUCUUUUGGGACUGACAGAUGACCCAGAGCUGCAACCCCUCAUCUUCAGCCUGUUCCUGUCCAUGUACCUGGUCACAGUGCUUGGGAACCUGCUUAUCAACCUGGCUGUCAGCUCUGACUCCCACCUCCACACCCCCAUGUACUUCUUCCUCUCUAACCUGUCCUUCAUCGAUAUCUCUGUAAGCACAAUCGUGCUUCCAAAGAUGCUGGUGAACAUCCAAGCACAGGAUCAGAGCAUCACCUACACAGGCUGUCUCUCCCAGACCUGCUUAGCUCUGCUUUGUAGUGGCUUGGAAAAUUGUCUGCUUGCAGUCAUGGCCUAUGAUCGCUAUGUGGCCAUUUGUCAUCCUCUGAGGUACACAGUCAUCAUGAGCCCCUGCCUCUGUGUCCUGCUGGUUCUAUUUUCCUUGCUCAUUAGCACUGUGCACGCCCUGCUCCACACUUUCAUGGUGCUGCGGCUGUCCUUCUGUACAGACCUGGAGAUCCUCCACUUCUUCUGUGAACUUGCUCAGGUCAUCAAGCUAGCCUGCUCUGAUACCUUCAUCAACAACCUGCUGGUAUACAUAAUGGGUGUCAUAUUUUUUGGUGUACCUCUUUUUGGGAUUAUUUUCUCUUAUAUACAAAUUGUCUCCUCUAUUCUGAGGAUCCCAUCAGUGGGGGGAAGGUACAAAGCCUUUUCCACCUGUGGGUCUCACCUCUCAGUGGUGUCCUUGUUCUAUGGGACAGGUUUUGGAGUCUAUAUGAGUUCUGGAGCUACUGACUCCUCCAUUAAAAAUGUAGUGGCUUCAGUGAUGUACACUGUGAUCCCCCCAACACUGAACCCCCUUAUCUACAGUUUGAGGAACAAGGAAAUGAAGGGAGCCUUGAGGAGUCUCAUUGUUGGACUAUCUUUUGUGUGA